AUGUGCUCCCGCCAGGACAGAGACCAGUGCCACCAGCAGGAACGGUCCUCAUGCCACAGCAGUGAAGGGUGUCACGGGGGCAGUGGUGGAUCUGGGUGCCACGGAAGCAGUGGUGGAUCUGGGUGCCACAGGAGCAGUGGUGGAUCUGGGUGCCACAGGAGCACUGGUGGAUCUGGGUGCCACGGAAGCAGUGGUGGAUCUGGGUGCCACAGGAGCAGUGGUGGAUCUGGGUGCCACAGGAGCAGUGGUGGAUCUGGGUGUCAUGGUAGCAGUGGGGGAUCCUGUCAUGGAAAGCCACAAGAUUGCCAGCAGCAAGUUUAUCAAGUGUCCUCCAAGAUGAAGUGA